GAGAGAGACACACGCACACGCACACACAAACACACGCACACACAGAGACAGAGAGAGCGAGCAUCAUCAUCACAACACCGGCUGACAGCUUCCUCUGGCCGGACACCGAGCAGCAGGACGACCGGGGGGUUUGGAGGUGACAUCCAGAGGAACCGGGCUGGAGGCCGAGCAGGAGCCGAGAGAGAGACGCGGUCGCACCGGUGGUUGUAGCAGCAGCAGCGGCGGGGGACGGAUCCGGGGAGAGUCGCUCGGUUUCCCGGUGCUUCACACACCCUGAGCCUCUGCAGCAGCAGCGGGGAGCAGGAGGAGCAGGAGGAGCAGAGAGGAGCAGGAGGAGCAGGAGAACCAUGGAGGGGAUGCAGGCUUACGGAGCCGGGAAAGCCGGAGGAGCCUUCGACCCCGUCACCUUCUUCCAGCAGCCUCAGACCAUUCUCCGCAUAGUGUCUUGGCUCUUCUCCAUCGUGAUCUUCGGCUGCAUCGCCAACGAGGGCUACAUCAACCGCCCCAACGAGGUGGAGGAGUACUGCAUCUUCAACCGCAACCAGAACGCCUGCAACUACGGCGUCUUCAUGGGCUCCAUGGCCUUCCUGUGCUGCAUGGCCUUCCUGGCUCUGGACGUGUACUUCCCUCAGAUCAGCAGCGUUAAGGACCGCAAGAGGGCCGUGCUGGCUGAUAUCGGGGUGUCGGCUUUCUGGUCCUUCAUGUGGUUUGUGGGUUUCUGCUUCCUGGCCAACCAGUGGCAGGUGACAAACCUUGAUGACAACCCGCUGAGGGAGGGAGGUGACGCUGCCCGGGCAGCCAUCACCUUCUGCUUCUUCUCCAUCUUCACCUGGGCCGCCCAGACUCUCUUCUCUGUGGAGAAGUUAAAGAAUGUGUCAUUUGAAGAGGAAUACAUCAAGCUCUUCCCUCCUCAGCCUCAUCAGCCUUUUGUGUGACUCUGCUCUGUGUUCUGCUGCUUUAGCCUCUCAGCAGCUGGUCGCACACACUCCUUAACUGUGUUGUUAGCAACAACACAAUACUGCUGGAAGUGAGUGUAUUUGUAAACCAGAAGUAAGAAGAACAGCUGCUCCAGGUUCUUUUCCUGACUGCAGCACAUUAUUAUGAUCAUGUAUGUGCAGGUGGGUGGAUCCUGUGCUGAUUAUUUAAAUUCCUGCAGAACCAACGUUUUGGAAGGAGAGCUCCCUGCCGGCUGGAAAUCUAAAGCAAAGCCUAAUAUCAGUUUUUCAUGUCUUUUUGAAUUUGAUGGAAAAGUGAGCCUGGAAAAAUAAACCAAAGGAUUUAAAGAAAAG